GCGCGCGCUGCAGCGAUGAUCGCGUUCUUUGUUGCGCUCCUGUGCGCUCGCGCUGCUGGAACCCUGGUGGCUGCGGAUGGGCAGCCUCAGGGCGAGCGCUUCGUGUGCACCGCCGUGCCUGCGGGCGCCGACCUCAGCUGCCCGGUGGACACGGAUAACCGCGUGCAGAGCGCGAGCCCUCAAGAAGACGAGUACAGAAGCACGAUCGUGCAGCUCCGGGAGACCGUGCUGCAGCAGAGGGAGACCAUCUCGAGUCAGCAGUUCACCAUUAAAGAACUCAACUCCAAACUUUCGCGCUGCGAGGCCGCGACGCACGACGCACGAGACAGCAAGUGGCGCGGAAGCGCGCGUAGGAAAGACUUCGGGAAGAACACUAUGGGCGAUCUGCCGCGCGACCCUACGGAAACCAUCGAGCAGUUGGGCAAGACCAUGCAAGGGCUGAAAGACCGACUGGAAAACUUGGAGCAGCAGCUGCAUGCCAAUGCAUCUGGUGCACCAUUCCCCAAUGAACUGCGUGACCUGCUAAAGCGGCGGCUGGGAGUCCUGGAGAGCCAGUUGCUGAGGAGGGUAGCUGAGCUUGAGGAGGAGAAGACUCAGCUAUACAACGAGACAAUGGCCCACCGGCAGCACACAGAGAACACGCUCAACUCGCUGCUGGAAAGGAUCACAGAGCUAGAGAGAAGUAACAGUGCAUUUAAAUCCCCAGAGGACUUCAAGGUUUCUCUGCCCUUACGCACAAACUACCUCUAUGGCCGCAUCAAGAAGAGUCUACCAGAAAUGUAUGCCUUCACCAUGUGUAUGUGGCUCAAGUCCAGUGCUAGUCCUGGCAUUGGAACACCAUUUUCAUACGGAGUCCCUGGACAAGCCAAUGAGAUUGUGCUGAUAGAAUGGGGCAACAAUCCCAUUGAACUGCUUGUCAAUGAUAAGGUGGCUCAGCUGCCUUUAUCAGUGGGCGAUGGCCGAUGGCAUCACAUCUGCAUCACCUGGACGACCAGAGACGGCUUCUGGGAGGCCUAUCAGGAUGGCGAGAGGUUGGGCACUGGGGAGAACUUGGCCCCUUGGCAUCCAAUUAAACCUGGAGGAGUGAUCAUACUGGGUCAAGAACAGGAUAUUGUUGGAGGAAGGUUUGAUGCCACGCAGGCUUUCGUAGGAGAGCUAAGCCACUUCAACAUGUGGGAUCGGGUUCUCCGCCCUACAGACAUCUCUGGCAUGGCCAACUGCUCGGCCUACAUGCCUGGCAAUGUCGUGCCCUGGAUAGACACCAAUGUUGAGGUCUUCGGAGGAGCCACAAAAGCCGCAUUGGAGAUAUGCGAGGACCGUCUUUUUGACUCGUAA